UAUUUUUCGUCAAAGCAUGCCCACCAUGGCUUCUGCUGUUAAGGAUUGUGCAGAACAUGGAGGAAGCAAUGAGGACAUGGAAGGAGAUGAUGAUGAUGAUGAUGAUGAUGAUGAUGAUCUCUUUGAAAUCAAUGAGGACAUGGAAGGAGAUAAUGAUGAUGAUGAUGAUCUCUUUGAAAUCAACCUGGAGGCUGUUAACACCAUCCCCCCACCACAUUACUGGGAAAGCUGUUUCACCAGGACGGGAAACACACUUUUGGCUAAUUGUUUGUUGCCCAUAGCUGAUGUUUCCAGUGCUGUUCCGAUGGAGGUACCAAAGGAUUUGACGGCACGGAUUCUAGACCCUGAAAAAUAUUGAAACGUGGCGUUCUCUUUGUUAUAAUAGUUAUUGAAUUGUUAGUUUCCAA